AGUCACUUUCAUUUUUACCUCUUCCAACUUUGUUGGGUGGGGGAUUGCCUAGCAAUGGGAAUGAUUAUGUGCGGGUUUGGUUUUAAGUUUGAAAGUGUCUCUUUAACAUUUAGAAUAUUGAAAUGUGUCAUCUCAAAUUUCAAUAUCUCAAACCGACUUCUAAACUAAAAACUAAAUACAACAUAAAUCUUUGUCAUUGAAAUUGGAAUAAAUAUUGUUACCCCAUUAGCAAAAUACCCAUACUCACACAGAAAUAAGAAUAAAAUACAAAUAAAUGUUGUGGCGCAAAAAUUGAAUGACAACUUUAUAUUUUUUAAGAAUUAAAUUAGACUAUAAAAAAGUAAAUUUUUUAACGUGUCUUGAAUUUAACGCUAUUAAUUUAUUGAAUUCUUGACUCAAGAUAAAUUCAUACAUUUUGAUUGUAAGUAAACUAAAUUGUAUCCUUAUGUAAUUUAAUCUUUUAUUUCAAAAAAAAAAAACCUUAUGCACCCCCCCCCCCCCCCCCCACAUUUGGUGAAAUGCAACUUAGGAUCAGAGAAUAGAAAUGCCAAAAUGAGCAAAAUGAGAGACAUAAAAUAUAUAAUGGGUGAUUUGACUGUAAACGGAGAGAAGGUAAAAAGAAAAAUGAAAAUUCCAAAAGGAAGUGGGGGAAAAAGUAAAUAAAUAAUUAUUCUUUGCUUUAUUACUUUCUCCAACCAACGAACCUGUUCGUUAAUUUGUCACUUCACAAAGUGCACAUUUCUGGAAGUGUUUUUUUGAAAAACACUUUUCUGAAAGUUACUUUAUUAUAUGGAAAAAUGUCGUAUACACAUUCCAAAUUCACCUCCACCCGAUGAAUCGUGAGCCAGUUUGUUUUACCCUUUUAGAGAAUAUAAAAACUGAAAAGUAACUUAUUUUGAUGUUAGUCCCUCCGUUCCAAAACUAUUAUAGUUUAAGGGUUAUGCAUAAAGUUUAAGAGUUCAUUAAUUAAUGUUAUAAUUUGAUUGAAACACUCUUAUUUAAUAUGAGUUAUAUGAAAGAGAGAGAAUAGAAACCAUUUGUCAACUAAUUGGUGAGAAUUGUGAUUGGUGAAAAUAAUAGUUGGUACUUAGAAGAUACAAUAUUAAAUGAGGGCAUGAGUGUAAGAGAAUAUGAUAAAGUGCUUUGAAUAUGUACAAUAACAAUGGUUUUAGAACAAAAGAAAAAAGCUAAAACUACAAUAGUAUUAAAUCGGGUGGAGUAUUUUCUUAUUUUCAUACUUUUCUAACGGUAAAAUAAGAAAAGCUCUCAGUGCACAACCCAAUCAACAUUUCCUUUUAUGCAAAUUCCAACUCAGCUAUCUGACAUAAUUCAUGCCUUGUUCUGUUUAUAUGAAAAUGCAGUCAGAAAUCAACUUUUUAGGAAGGAUUUCUCAUCCCAACCUAGUCAAGCUAUUGGGUUACUGUAGGGAUGAUGAGGAAUUUCUACUUGUGUACGAAUUCAUGCCAAGAGGAAGCUUGGAAAAUCAUCUCUUCAGAAGAAAUACAGAAUCACUUUCUUGGAACACCCGACUCAAAAUCGCCAUUGGUGCGGCUCGGGGCUUGGCAUUCUUGCACUCCUUAGAGAAGAUAGUCAUAUACAGAGAUUUCAAGGCCUCCAAUAUACUACUUGAUGGGAAUUACAAUGCAAAAAUUUCAGAUUUUGGUUUAGCAAAAUUUGGACCAUCUGGGGAAGAGUCACACGUGACUACCAGGAUCAUGGGCACAUAUGGCUAUGCUGCUCCAGAAUACAUGGCAACAGGGCACUUGUAUGUAAAGAGUGAUGUUUAUGGGUUUGGUGUAGUGCUGCUUGAAAUGCUGACAGGGUUGCAAGCACUUGAUAUAAAGCGGCCUGCAAGACAACAAAAUCUGGUUGAAUGGAUGAAGCCUUGUCUUCCUGAUAAAAGAAAGUUGAAAACCAUCAUGGAUUUCAGGAUUGAAGGUCAAUAUUCACUCAAGGCAGCAUCACAGGCAGCACAACUUGUUCUAAAAUGCCUUGAACCUGACCCUAAAAACCGUCCUUCUAUGAAGGAUGUUGUGGAGACAUUGGAAGGCAUUAAAGCAGUAAACAAUAAUUAUAACAUAUCCAAUAAACACUCUACUAAGUCUACAGCUAUGCACAUUCGAUAGCCGCUAAAUUUGAAAUGUUAAAAAUCUUUCUACAAUUGAUUUUAAAGCCAUGAUCAAUUAUUGUCGAAAAUUUCUAUAAGUAGCUUCUGCGUUGUAGAAUUGAUUUUGGAGAACAGAAGCAGAUCCAACCAUGCUAACAUGGUCCAACGAAUAGGUUUGAUUAGCCACUUUAUAGAUUUCUUGUAAUUUUUGGAGUUACAUUGUUAGUUCCAUGGUAAAUUUUGAUAAA